CCAGGAGCAGCAGAAGGGGAGAGAUUGGGAGCGGCUCUGGUUUAUUACCGGGGAGUGGUCCUUUCCCUCUCCCUCUAUCGUAUAUACAAAUUUAUGAACGUGUGAACUCGUCGCGGAGGCCAGAAUUCGAGGCAAUGUGAGGCACGGACGGGCCGACGACGAACGACCUGUGGCAGCCGCUGCUGCUGCCGCUGCUCUCGGCGCGAGCGAGCGAGCAAGAACGCAUCGGGCGGUAAUGGCGACGAAGAGCGGGAGCGGAUUGCUGGAGUGGAUAGCAGUAGCGGCGAAGAUGAAGCAAGCUCGGAGCAGCCCCGAGGGUGAGAUCGUGGGUGGGAAUAGGAUGGGCUCUGGAAACGGAGCUGAGUGGACCACGAGUCUGAUUCAUGCAUUUUUGAAUGCUACGAAUGGGAAGAGCGGCGGUGCUUCGAAAGUGAGGCCUCUCGAGGAGAGAAUCGGGGAGGCGGUGUUCAGAGUUCUUGAAGAUGUCGUGGGCGUGGAUAUUAGGAAGCCGAAUCCUGUCACGAAGGACCUUCCGAUGGUCGAGAGUCCCGUGCCCGUGUUGGCCUGCAUUUCUCUGUACUUGCUCGUGGUGUGGCUUUGGUCUUCUCACAUUAAGGCGUCUGGCCAAAAGCCCAGGAAGGAGGACCCGCUCGCCCUGCGUUGCCUUGUGAUUGCCCACAAUCUGUUCCUGUGUUGCUUGAGCUUGUUCAUGUGCGUCGGUCUCAUUGCCGCAGCUCGACAUUACGGGUAUAGUGUAUGGGGGAACUACUACAGAGAAAGAGAACCCGCAAUGAAUUUGCUCAUUUACGUGUUCUACAUGUCGAAGCUGUACGAAUUUAUGGACACGGCCAUUAUGUUAUUCAGAAGAAAUCUGCGACAAGUCACGUACUUGCAUGUAUAUCACCACGCAAGCAUCGCAAUGAUUUGGUGGAUAAUUUGCUAUCGGUUUCCAGGAGCUGAUUCGUAUUUCUCCGCAGCAUUCAAUUCCUGUAUCCAUGUAGCGAUGUACCUGUAUUAUCUACUCGCGGCAACCGUCGCCAGAGACGAAAAACGGAGACGCAAAUAUCUCUUCUGGGGAAAGUAUCUGACCAUCAUACAAAUGCUUCAGUUUUUGUCCUUCAUUGGGCAGGCGAUUUAUGCAAUGUGGAAGUUUGAAUACUAUCCCAAGGGCUUUGGCAGGAUGUUGUUCUUUUACUCUGUAUCAUUGUUGGCAUUUUUCGGCAACUUCUUUGUCAAAAAGUAUUCGAACGCUUCACAGCCUAAGACAGUUAAAGUGGAGUGAGCCAACCAUUAUUUGUACUCACUUGUAGGUUAGCGAAUUUUCAUGAGUGGGGCAUGAUAGCGAUUAGGCUUCGAUCCAAGGGAGUCUUGUUGAUUACAUUGUAUAUCAGCUUGACCAUCGACACUUAUGUUCGUCACGUGUAUCAUUAGGGUCCAACUAUUCGGGUUAAACCACAUUCAAAAUAGAAAUUCAUAUUCUGAUAGAGAAUCUAUAUCGUCUCGGAUCGUGUACAAAGUACGAGGUGGGAUGGCCUCCAUGUUUAUUAAAGAGACCUUAUACAGCUUCUUAUCAAUAACGUGAGACGGAGUUUUCGG